CUGUUCUUCGUCUUUGGGGAUUGGGAUUUUCUCCAUUACUCGUCAAUUCAAGGUGGAUCAAGGUGGAUCUGAACUGUAAUUGAAGCAUUUAUUGAAGAUCUGUUUUCUAAGUGAGAGUGGAAAAGCAAAGCAGAAUCCUGAGCUUUUGGUGCAUAUGGUGAAAGAGUAAUUGGGCUUUCUUGGCAUGUCUGUUUGCGGCAAAUGCCGUAGAUGUAGCUGAGAUUUAAGCAUCAUAUCAGACCAUCUUUCACUAUCCUAGUAAAGAUAAGCAGAUGUCGAUGGAAGAAGGAGAGCCAAAACCUUCGAAGCACCAUGGCGAUCAAGUCUGCCAGAUCUGUGGUGAUACAGUGGGCACGACAGUGGAUGGCAAUCUCUUUGUCGCUUGCGAUGUUUGUGCAUUUCCUGUUUGCAGGCCUUGCUAUGAGUAUGAGAGGAAAGAUGGAACUAAGUCUUGCCCCCAGUGCAAGACUAGAUACAAGAGACAUAAAGGAAGCCCUCCUAUUCUAGGUGAUGAAGCAGAUGAUUGUGAUGUUGAUGAUGUGGCCAGUGAUAUCAAUUAUUCGUCUGGGACUCAAGACCAGAAACAGAAGAUUGCCGAACGCAUGCUGAGUUGGCAGCUGACAUAUGGCCGAGGGGAGGAUGUUGGUGCUGCAAACUAUGAUAAAGAGGUCCCUCUGAACCAUAUCCCUCUGCUCAUGAAUGGCCAGGCGGUUUCAGGAGAGCUUUCUGCAGCAUCUCCUGAGCAUAUGUCAAUGGCAUCUCCUGGUGGUGUUGGUGGGGGAAAGCGUGUGCAUCCUCUCCCUUAUUCGGUUGACAUCAAUCAAUCACGUACUAAAUCUAUCUCUUGUUUAAAAUUCAUUCUUUUUAUUUUGGUGAUGCUCCAAUGGUGUCUGUGGCUCAUGAGAAUAUUAUUCUUUGCAGCUAAUCCAUCAAGGGAGUUUGCACAAGGAUUUGGAAAUGUUGCUUGGAAAGAGAGAGUUGAGGGCUGGAAGAUGAAACAAGAGAAGAAUGUAAUUCCAAUGAGCACUGGUCAUGCCCCUUCUGAACGCAGGGGAGUCGGAGAUAUUGAUGCCAGCACUGAUGUGUUUAUGGAUGACGCUUUACUGAAUGAUGAAGCUCGUCAGCCUCUGUCAAGGAAAGUUUCUAUUCCUUCGUCUAGGAUAAACCCUUAUAGAAUGGUCAUUGUUCUACGGCUUGUUAUCCUCUGCAUUUUCUUACACUACCGUAUAACAAAUCCGGUGACCAAUGCUUAUGCUUUGUGGCUCAUAUCUGUAAUUUGUGAGAUUUGGUUUGCUUUCUCAUGGAUAUUGGAUCAGUUCCCUAAAUGGUUUCCAGUGAACCGUGAGACAUAUCUUGACAGGCUUUCUCUGAGAUAUGAUCGAGAAGGAGAGCCAUCCCAAUUGGCUGCUGUUGAUAUUUUUGUCAGUACCGUUGACCCUUUAAAGGAGCCUCCUCUUGUUACAGCAAAUACUGUCCUGUCUAUUCUUGCAGUUGACUACCCAGUCGACAAGGUUUCUUGCUACGUAUCUGAUGAUGGAGCUGCCAUGUUGACAUUUGAAGCUCUGUCUGAGACUUCUGAAUUUGCAAGGAAAUGGGUCCCUUUCUGCAAGAAGUACAACAUUGAGCCCAGGGCACCAGAAUGGUAUUUUGCACAAAAGAUUGACUACCUGAAAGAUAAAGUUCAGCCUUCAUUUGUCAAGGAUCGUAGAGCCAUGAAGCGAGAAUAUGAAGAAUUCAAAGUUCGUGUCAAUGGGCUUGUUGCAAAGGCAACAAAAGUUCCUGAGGAAGGAUGGGUGAUGCAAGAUGGCACUCCAUGGCCGGGAAAUAACACUAGAGAUCAUCCAGGAAUGAUACAGGUUUUCUUAGGCCAUAGUGGAGGACUUGACAGUGAGGGUAAUGAAUUGCCGCGGUUGGUCUAUGUGUCUCGUGAGAAGCGUCCAGGUUUCCAACAUCACAAGAAGGCUGGUGCAAUGAAUGCCCUUGUUCGUGUAUCAGCAGUCCUUACCAAUGGUCCCUUCAUGUUGAAUCUGGAUUGUGACCACUACAUAAACAACAGUAAGGCUUUGAGGGAAUCUAUGUGCUUUUUGAUGGAUCCAAAUCUAGGAAAACAAGUCUGUUAUGUUCAGUUUCCCCAGAGAUUUGAUGGUAUUGAUAAGAAUGAUCGAUAUGCCAACCGCAAUACUGUCUUCUUUGAUAUAAACUUAAGAGGCUUAGAUGGCAUCCAAGGACCUGUUUAUGUGGGUACUGGAUGUGUCUUCAACAGAACUGCUUUAUAUGGUUAUGAACCUCCACUGAAGCCCAAGAAUAGAAAAGUAGGUUUCUUAUCUCUGUGCUGUGGUGGAUCACAAAAGAAGGGCUCAAAAUCAAGUAAAAAGGGCUCCGACAAGAAGAGAUCUAGCAAGCAUGUUGACCCUACUGUGCCAAUAUUCAAUCUAGAAGAUAUAGAAGAGGGAGUAGAAGGUGCUGGAUUUGAUGAUGAGAAGUCCCUGCUGAUGUCACAGAUGAGCCUUGAGAAAAGAUUUGGUCAAUCAGCUGUGUUUGUUGCCUCUACACUUAUGGAAAAUGGUGGUGUUCCUCAGUCUGCUACUCCUGAUACUCUCCUUAAAGAAGCUAUCCAUGUUAUUAGUUGUGGAUAUGAGGACAAGACAGACUGGGGAAAUGAGAUUGGAUGGAUUUACGGUUCUGUUACGGAAGAUAUCCUUACAGGAUUCAAGAUGCAUGCCCGUGGUUGGCGAUCAAUCUACUGCAUUCCCAAUCGACCGGCCUUCAAAGGAUCUGCUCCUAUUAACCUGUCAGAUCGUCUGAACCAAGUGCUUCGAUGGGCUUUAGGUUCUGUUGAAAUUCUUCUCAGUCGGCACUGCCCCAUAUGGUAUGGUUAUAGUGGAAGGCUAAAAUGGCUCGAGAGAUUUGCAUACAUCAACACCACCAUUUACCCAAUCACUUCCAUUCCUCUUCUUGCAUAUUGUACAUUGCCAGCAGUCUGUUUACUUACUGGAAAGUUCAUUAUUCCACAGAUUAGUAAUAUUGCCAGUAUCUGGUUUAUAUCACUUUUUCUUUCCAUCUUUGCCACUGGUAUUUUGGAGAUGAGGUGGAGCGGUGUUGGGAUUGACGAAUGGUGGAGAAAUGAACAGUUCUGGGUUAUUGGAGGUGUUUCAGCCCAUCUUUUUGCAGUCUUCCAAGGUUUGCUCAAAGUUCUUGCUGGCAUUGACACUAAUUUCACUGUAACUUCCAAGGCAUCUGACGAGGAUGGGGAUUUCGCUGAGCUCUACAUGUUCAAAUGGACGACUCUUCUCAUUCCACCGACGACUCUCCUCAUUAUCAACCUGGUUGGCGUGGUAGCCGGCAUCUCCUAUGCCAUCAACAGUGGGUACCAGUCAUGGGGUCCACUCUUUGGGAAACUGUUCUUCGCCUUCUGGGUGAUUGUUCAUCUCUAUCCUUUCCUCAAGGGUUUAAUGGGACGCCAGAACCGAACACCUACCAUUGUGGUUGUAUGGUCAAUUCUCCUUGCAUCCAUAUUCUCCUUAUUAUGGGUUCGCAUUGAUCCCUUCAUCAUCCAGGUGAAUGGCCCUACUAUUCAACAGUGUGGAAUCAACUGCUAGAGGGAAGACCAGUGAACAACGAAGAGACACGUCACAGACAAUUUGGAGUUAAUAUUCAGGUGCCAUCAUCAGCCAAGGCCUGUGAUUUGGGUUUUUUUUUUGGGUUUGAGGCAGUGCUUGGGCUGUACCUGUUGAAGUUGGGGUUUUAAUGAUAUUGUGAAGUAUACACAUGUAGAUAGGACAGUUUGAUCCAUUUUGUUGUUCUGUAAGUUAAUGAUUAUUUAUUUGUUGAACCGAUUGAAUUUUUUGAGCUCUGUUUUGGGUCAGAAACGACUUUGACUGGAGCUUCCUUCUUUCCCUAUUGGGUUUAAUGCAGAAAAUAAGAAUUUAGUUCCAGAACUUGUA